CGGCGGGGCAGAGCCUCGGGGGGAGGCGGCGGCGGCGCGGAGCCCUGGCGGGGCGCGGUGGAGCUGGGCGGGAGCGGAGGAGCUCUCCGGGCGCGGAAGAUUUCUCCGGGCGCUCCUCCGCCGGCCGGGGCUGACGUUGGCCCGUGACGCGAGUGACGCUGCCCGGGAGCCGCGGCCGGGCCGGGAGCCGCGGCCGGCCCCGCUCUGCCCCCGCCAUGCGCCGGGCGCUGCCGCCGCUCCGCGCCCUGCCCGGGGCCGCCCGCCCGCCGCGGCUGCCGGCGCCCCGCGGGAUGUGCGGCCGCCCGGCCGAGCGGAGCGGGCACAGCGCGCUCAGCGUGCUGCCCUCCUUCGGAUUCCUCUUUGACAUUGACGGGGUGCUGGUGCGAGGGAGGACGCCCAUCCCUGCUGCCAGGACAGCCUUCCAGAAGCUGGUCAAUCCUCAGGGACAGUUCCUGGUGCCCGUGGUCUUUGUCACCAACGCAGGGAACUGCCUGCGCCAGGACAAAGCUGAGCAGCUGUCCCACCUGCUGGGGGUUCCAAUUUCACAAGAUCAGGUGAUGAUGUCACACAGUCCUCUGCGGAUGUUCAAACGUUAUCAUGAAAAAUGUGUUCUGGUAUCUGGACAAGGACCACUUCUUGAUAUUGCUCAAGACCUUGGCUUCUGCCAGCCCAUCACCAUCGACACCCUGAGGGAGAAGCGGCCCCUGCUCGAUGCAGUUGACCAUGACAGGAGACCCAAGGUCCUGUCCCCCUCGGCUGUGGAGCUUCCCAAGAUUGAGGCUGUGGUGCUGUUCGGGGAGCCGGUGAGAUGGGAAACCAGCCUGCAGCUGAUCAUUGAUGUUCUGCUGACCAGGGGCUAUCCUGGGAAUCCCUACGAGCAGGAGAGCUACCCUCACAUCCCUGUGCUCGCCUGUAACAUGGACCUCAUGUGGGUGGCUGAGGCACAGUCCCCAAGGUUUGGGCACGGAACGUUCAUGGUUUGUUUGGAGAACAUUUACAAGAAGAUCACAGGCAAAGAGCUGAAGUACGAAGCGCUGAUGGGCAAACCCAGCAGGUUGACAUACCAGUAUGCAGAGCACCUGAUCCGGGCCCAGGCCCUGCAGAGGAGCUGGGAGCAGCCCAUCCACACCCUCUAUGCUGUGGGGGACAACCUGAUGACGGACGUGUACGGCGCCAACCUGUACGACCGCUACCUGCGGGAGAGCUGCGGGCUGGGCCUGCAGGCCCGGCUCCCCGCCAGGGGCAGGGGCCCUGCCACGCUGCCCCAGGACCUGGAGGUGGCUCUGGGCUGGCAGAAGGAGCUGGCAGCAGCGGCUGCAGCCCGCUGCAGGUCUGUGCUGGUGUGCACGGGCGUGUACAGCCCCGACGGCGCCGCGCCCGCCGCCCGCAGCGCCUUCCACGGCCACAGGGACUUCAGCUGCGACCCCGCCCUGCUGCGGCCACACCACGUCGUGCCAGAUGUGGAUGCUGCUGUGGACCUGGUGUUCCAGCUGGAGAACUUUGCACCUCGCUGAGGGGACAGGAUUGCCCUAAGGAGCGCUCAGUGCCGUGCUUUUCUUCCCCAGGACACACUGUGCUUUACCUGAGUGCCACAAGCUGCUGCCUUCGCAAGUUUUUAACCUCUAAAUUAAUACAGCCUUCUCUUAGGUAUGCCUAUUACUAGUACAGGUAGGUACAUGUGCGUGUUUAAGUGUAUUAAAUAUCAAUAAUGCUUUUUAUAGUGCUUCUAAAUAUGUAAUUUAUGCCUUGAGUUGCCCUUUAUUGUCUUCCUCAUUGUUUUUUUUAGGUACUUUAGUAGCAAUAUUUCAUAGUAUUCAUAUACUGGUACUCAAAUCCCUCCACGGCAGUGCCUCCCUUUGUUUGCUGAAGAUUCAGCUUUUAGGUGUUGGGGAUUUUGAAGGUGUCAGACGGUGGUGCUGGGGGCACUCUGGUGCAGAGCACAGCCUGUGUUGGUGCCUGGCCCUCUGCAGGCACUGAGUGCUCCCUUUGCUCAGUGGAGCUCAAUCUGGGCCACUUUGGGUUUGCUCUCACCUAUCCUGCUCUGCCUUUGCUCCUGUUCCCCUGUCCCUGGGGUUUUACUGCUCCUCUCUGCUGUGUGAAGCCUGAACUGUGCUGGAACUCCACAGCCUGGAAGGGAAGGAGCACACCUGGCUCCCUCUGUGGCCUUUUUGCUCUCUGCCUUUCUAGCUGCACUUUUUUGUUGUUUUUUUGAGAAAUUUCUAAUCCUAGAAAGCUUUAGCAGUUUUGUUUCAGAUGUUUCUGUGAGUUGGGACUUGACCACUGGAUCAGGGACUACUGCUUGGCCAAAAAGUGCCUCCUAAUUUACUUGAAGCCUCCUACCACUGUGGUAAUUAACUGGCCUUUAGUGUAAUAUAUUUCAUCUCAUGUCAAUGUCAUAUGUUGUAUGGUUCUUGGAUUUUAUAGCUGUUCGUUUAAAAAGAAAAAGUAAUUUAUUUUUUUUGUUAUUUUUGUAAAAUACUACCAAAGUUUUCAUCCCAAAGAUGUCUCUGAAAAUAUUUCUGUGUUAUUUGUUAUAACACAAUGUGUAUUGUACUUGUGACAUAAGCUUAGAAAACAUAACCCAAUUAAUUGUUUUAAAACCAAAGUCAACUUACACACAAAGAUCAAUUCACAUUAGGGAUUAAUUCAGGUUUUUAGGGCUGGGUUUUUCUAGGGCUUUGUUUGGUGGUUUGUUUUUUUAAAAUAAGAAAUUGUGCAAACAAAAUCCUGGGUGUUCACUUCUCCCAGGUUCUUGCAGAAUUAUUUCCUGGCCAAAUCCUUCACUGCUCAUUAUCCCAACAGAACUCUGAGAGCUCACAGCUGCUGUGAAGUCAGAUUUUGUUGUUGUGUUUCCUCUGUUUGCAAAGCACUGUAAUCCCCUCUCCACUGUCAGAAUUGUUAAUUCAUUUCUUGUCAUGUUUCCUAAGUAGCUUUCAGUGUCUUGCUGGAUCCCGUCUCAGGACACUGCUCUAAACAGUUUAUUUCCUGCUUCUUCACUGGAAAAGUAUUUACAGCAGCACAUUCUUGCCUUUUUGUGGGUCUAAUAAACAGAUAUCUACCUGUUC